GUUUAUUAAUUAAUUUAUACCAAUUACGUAUUUAUAGAUCAUUUAUACCGUUAGGUGCAACAUUUGUAAUAUAGCGUGGAAUUUUUAAAUUCACAAUACGAGUAUAGUAGACUUUAUACACAUAACUGCAAUUUUAAAUGGGCAUUAAUUGCAGUAAAAAUGGUUUACGUACAAAAUAGUGCAAUUUUUUAUUUAAAGGGAUAUAACAUAGAUUGUGGCCACCGCUCACUGACUACUGAAGCGAAUAUUUUGGAUACUCAGAUAUAUGGGAGAAUUCUGUUCGAUAGUCCAUACUGUGGUAUUAGUUCAAGUUGCAACAGAUUCUUGUUCACUUGUGACAUCGGCUUAUUGUAUUGCUUCGCAACUAACAUCUGGUUCAUUUAAAAUUGUUGAAUUUCUUAUGAACUUCCAAGUUUUCGUUGUAUUUCUUUUGCGAUUAUUAUCUUAUACAUUCUUUAUUGACUUAAUAAACGAUAAAAAAAGUAGAGUAAAUUUUGGAUUAUACAGUUGUGACUGGACGGCUGCGGAUAUACCCUUUAAAAAAAAUGUGCUAAUGGCGAUGCAAAUAAACAACGCAAAUGAACUGAAAAUUAAAGUAACACCAACGAUAGCUAUCAACAUGGGAUUCACUUUAAGGGUUUUACGAAUGACUUAUUCAAUUGUGUCGGUCAUGUUGAAUACUGGGUUUUUAAAUUCGUAUUGGACAUAAUCAAACUAAACUUAGUUAGUAGACAGUAAGUUGUCACAAUGAAAAUAAUAAUAUAUAUUGCUAAUUAUAUUAUUAAUGUUAUACAAUGAAGGGAUAUGGAAAGCGCUAUUUAUUAAGGGGGGAAGGAUAGGCAACAUUUGAAAAAUAUUGAUCUAAUAGCCAUUUUUAAUAUGCCGACUAAUUUUAAGGUGGGAAAAUAUUAAG